AGCCUGGCCCGAUACCCCACGGGGCUGGCAUGGGCGAAUCAGAUACUGAACCGUAGACAGGUCGGCGCCCUUGCGCCAUGGCUUGGUGGGCCUUUCUCCUUUUGACCCAAGCGGCGGCGCUGAAAUCCACGGAUCUGCUGCAGAGAUGGCUGCCCAAGAUGGGAAUCGACGAGGUCUUAAGGCUCCGAGGGCAAGUGGAGUUCCCGGAGCGCGUCGUGACCGACUUUCAAAGUCUUGGGAGCUUUCAGGACAGCGCCAUCUCUCCGACAACAUCACCAGGCACGUUACCCUACAGCAACGUGCGAAACAACGGCAUCGGCCACCCUGAUCCCAUAGGCAUCUCAGCUGGAGUCCUGGUUCUGUUCUACGCGGCGUACUCGGUGUACCGGUACCGCCGCGAGGCAAACCGAAUCAUCAGCCUCUUCGAGGCAAACACACAGAUCAAGGAGCUGUCUGACAAAGCGGCCAGGGGGGAGCCUUUGCCCAGCAUAGUGGUGAUCCGUGGCCACAUCGCGGCGGAUGGGGGCGACAUUUGUACCGUGUCCACGGGCAUUGAUGGCCUGCGAGAGAAAGUGGGCGAGAUAGAGCAGCCCAAGAACGCCUGGAUCGAGAUUGCGCGCCAGGCGAAAAGCGACCCCCAGCUGCGGGGUGUGGCCGAUGCAGUGGUGCAGCGCACCGGCGUGGACGCUGACGACGUGCCCGAGGUGCCGGAGCCGGGUGAUCCCUAUGCUCGGCAGAGUAACAAUCGCGGCGAGGGAUCUCUAGUUGUGGCGGAGAUUCUGGUGGCCAGGAUCUGCGCCAAGCACCAAAGUGUUCGGCGGGAGAAGACCACAAAGCGGGUCACCAUCAAGCGACCGCGCAGGAACGAGAGCUACAAUUGCUUUCAUGGGCGCCGCGUCUCUGAGCGGCUGCAUCUCAUUGAUCUUGACGGCAAUCGAGCUGACAUUGAGCUGCCACCAGCAGAGGCUGUUGGCCUUGCAGGUGUCUCCGAUCCACCCCCACUUUUCCUUCCAGUCAGUGACGUUUGGACAGAGUUCACACACUACCUCCGCAAAGACGGAGUUACAGGACCCAGUGGCCGGCGGCAGCGUUUGGACGACCUGCCGCCCAUGCGCCUCUCGGAUCCCUACACCCUCCUCUCGGAGUUCAUCUUCUUGGAUGUGCAGUCGCCCGGAGACAUGGGCGGCUUCCCUGGCAACGCCAACGUCUUGGAGGACAUUGCGGAGGCCUUUCGGAGUGGCCAAACCCCGGCCAAGUUCCUGUGGGAGCCGCGCGGAUUCUACGACUCGGUUCGGGGUGGCGGCUACGAUGACGUGCCAGCUUACGCCAAUGCGAAGUACCGCAAGACGGAGAUGGUGACAGCCAGGGAGCUUCUGGAGCGAGCCCAGGGCGCUGCCAAAGAGAAUGCGAGAUACACUCCGCACUGUGAACCCACGUUUACACGGCUCGAGCUGGAGCAGCGCCGUGACGAGGAGAACUGCUUCCGUUACACGGAGCUGGCCAUCCCCAGGGGGACACCCGUCACCAUCCUGGCUCGGCCUAUGGUGGCUCAGGCCGGGACCGGCGAGGGUGCCGACUGCAACAUCCGCCUGGUCUCGCCGGGCUGCGAUGAAGGUCCGCCUUCUGAUUCCAAGAAUCUCAAGGACCGCUUCCGCUUUCGCAUCCUGAAGGGCCACCAGGUGGAAAACCUCCUCCGCCAUCGGGAGCUGAAUCCCACGGCCUACUAUGGCCUGUCGCUGGUUGCCAUGGCCUUCAUCGGCUGGGCUUCGUCGGGUUACCCUGGACUUGGCGCUUGAAGGAGAAAUGAAGAUGCGACGUGGAAGCGACGCAGAAGCGCACGCAGAGCUC